UGGCAACCCGCGCACGGUCUUACUCGGGUGCACAUUUAUAAGUUUCUUUAUUUAUUGAUAAUUAUUAGUUACGCGCAAUUAUCGCGAUGCAACUGCAGCAAGUACAUGGUAAUGAAUUCGGUUGCCACUGAAGUGCGCGCGUCCGCCUUGCAAAAAGUGCAGAAAGAAAUCCGUCCAUAAACAGAUUAGUGCCAAGAAUAGUUUGCUUUGAUCGAAACGAAAUCCAAAUCCGAAUCGGAUCGAAACAAACGAUGGAUGUGGUGUGUGUAAUCGAUACCGCGGUGGGCGACCAUCUGGAGGACCGCCUCUGCGCGCUGGAAGAGAUAAUGCAGGCGGUGCAGUCGGCGGGAGCCAAUUUUCAUCGGGUUCAGUUUGAACGCCUGGAUUUCGGUGAAACAAAUGUGUUGGAGACAUUCUACAAUGCCGAUGUGGCCAUCAUAGAUCUGAGCAUCCUUACCCAACAGCGUCCGUUGUCCUAUCACUAUGGCGUUAGGGAGAGCUUCAACAUGAAGGAAAACAUCCUCAUCUACAACGAUGUCGAGUCCAAGCAGACACUUAGUCUUAAGCUUUCUUGUGCCAGCUACCUGUUCCUCAGCUACAAACUGAAUGCGGAGAGCAAUUCCUGCCACCUGACCAACCAGCCCAACAGCAACAAGGAGCCUGCCGCCGAGGCACGGGUGCCCACCCUGCAGUGGCGCCUCAAAAGAAAGCUGCAAGAUGUGGAGAUCCAAUCAAAAGCCCACAUGCGAGAGAAAUUUCUCAGCGAUAUGCGAACUGCGAGGGACACGUACGCCACCAAUGGCGCAAAGCUGCAGAGCAUCUUACAUGAGAUGCGGAAGCGUUUGGACGAUCCACAUGUCCUGUCCGGAGAAGUGGUGCAUAGCUUUAUGUGCUCGCUAAGGGAUGUGCAGGACUAUGAUGCAAUGGUGAAGCUGGUAAACGACCUGAAGAACAUACCCAACACCCGGAAGUACGUGGAGACGGGCAACAUGAGUUUUUUGUAUGCCUUCGCCCUGAACCGUAGAAACAGAAAAGGCGACAGGGAAAAGGCAUUGGAAUCAUCACUAAAGGCACUGGAGAAGAAGGAGAAUCAUUUUCCGGACAUGCUCUGUCUGUGCGGUCGCAUCUACAAGGACAUCUUCGUGGAGUCAGAUUAUACGGACGCUACUAGCCUGGCGCAUGCCAUCAAGUGGUACCGUCAAAGUUUCGAAGUGCAGCCAAAUGAGUACGCAGGUAUCAACCUGGCCACCCUGUUGGUCAUCGAAGGCAAGGAGUUCACCAAUACUGAAGAGCUGCAGCACAUCGGUAUGACCCUAAACAAUUUGAUCGGAAAGAAGGGCAGCCUAUCAUCACUGAGCGAGUAUUGGGAUGUGGCUACUUUCUUCGAGAUCUCAGUUUUGGCCAAGGACUACGCCAAGGCAAUUCAGGCUGCUGAAUGUAUGUUCAAGCUGAAGCCACCCAACUGGUAUCUUAAGUCUACAAUCGGCAAUAUCUCUCUUAUACACCGUUUUCGCAAGAAGCCGGAGGAACGCCAACCUCCCAUCGAGGAGCAGGUAUUUCAGUUCUGGAUGGACUUCUUCUUGGAGGCCACAAACACCGAGGAAGUCAAGAACAGCAUUCGCUUUCCUAUACUGAUCCUAGAACCGCAGAAGAUUUACAUGCCCAGUUAUGUGACCAUUAACAUGGAUGCAGAUGAAAAGUCCAUUCAGAUUGUGAAUAACUGCCUGGCUCACGCUAAGAAUGAGUGCAAGAAACUCCAUGACUUCAUUUUCGUGGCAUCGAAGAUCAAGUCCGUCAGCCUUUACAAGCGGGAUGAUCGUUGUGCUUAUUUGUAUGUCCAUCACAAUUCAGAUGACUUUCAAAUAUACUUUCCGUCCACCGAACGCCGUCAAAAGUUCUAUGAUCUGAUCCUGGAGAUGACAGCUGAUCAAGUUGUUUUUGUAAAUCUCAGCAAUGAUGAUGCGCAAAUCGAAUACGAGUACGACUACGAUGAGCAGAACCGCAAGAUGGUGUUGGGCAAGGGUACGUACGGAACAGUGUAUGCCGCUCGUGACAAGCAAACGCAGGUGCGAAUCGCCAUUAAGGAGGUACCUGAAAAAAACUCUCAGGACGUACAACCGCUGCACGAGGAGAUUAAGUUACACUCGCAACUGCGUCACCGUAACAUUGUACGUUACUUGGGUUCACGCUCGGAGGAUGGCUUCUUUAAGAUCUUCAUGGAGCAGGUGCCAGGAGGCUCGCUUUCCGACCUUUUAGAGACCAAAUGGGGUCCGCUCAAGGGCAACGAGUCCACAAUAGCCUUCUACUCCAAGCAGAUCCUCGAGGGGUUAAAAUACCUUCACGAACAGGAUAUUGUACACCGCGAUAUCAAAGGCGAUAACGUGCUGGUGAAUACGUACAGUGGCGUGGUUAAGAUCUCCGACUUUGGCACCUCCAAGCGGCUGGCCCGCAUAAAUCCGAUGACAGAGACCUUUACGGGCACCUUGCAGUAUAUGGCUCCGGAGGUCAUUGACCAAGGUGUUCGCGGCUAUGGUCCAGCUGCUGACAUUUGGUCUUUUGGCUGCACAAAUGUUGAAAUGGCCACUGGAAAGCCGCCGUUCGUUGAGCUGGGUUGCGCCCAGGCGGCGAUGUUUAAGGUGGGCUACCACAAGAAGCAUCCAACAAUACCCGAUGAAUUGUCCGCCAAUGCCAGAAACUUUAUUCUACGUUGCUUUGCAAUCAGUGUGGUGGACCGUCCCUCAGCCUCUCAGCUGCUCGACGAUCCUUUCUUACAAGCUAAAACUCGAAAACUGCGUCCUGCUCUGCCCAUCAACACUGAUUUUGGACGGAGCAUUUCGGUCCCUGCUGAUCGACUUGUACAUAAAACCACUCCGCCGCUGAGCUACAACACAACCUGCAAUACGCCGACAACGCCGGAAUUGGACAUCAAUCACACAUCCUCGGUGGACAUUGAUGAGCUAUCCACCAACCAGUUUUUGUUGGAGCGACGCAAUUCAUCUGGUUUUUUGCUAUCGCCGGAGAUUGAACCCUCCACACCCUCCUUGCGCACGAGCAUCAGUGAGACAAGCGAGACUGACGGUUUCUACCGGCUGAAAAAGGAUUCACAGCGUCGGACGACGCUUUCCAAGGUGCUGGCAUUAGAUGAAUCCAAGAUCUGCGAAGAUUGGAUGAAUAAGGUCUAUGCGGACCAACACUCGAUUGCUAUUCGAAAGAGCGAUUUGGAGUUGUUGAUUCGAGGACUGCGGGAUUACAUAAUGAAUGAGAACGAGAAGCAUUUGGAGGCCACUAUUAAUGAAUUGAAAAAAAAUCUGAACAACGACGCGGUGGCUUUGGACCAUCUGCAUUUAGCCCUGUACUCCUUUCAGGAUGCCGUGGUCUGUGUGCUGCGAGAUCAUUGCAUCAAGCCUCACUGGAUGUUUGCCUUGGAUAAUCUUGUAAAGAGGGCAGUACAGGCGGCCGUUACGAUUUUUUCUCCUGAACUGGGCGCCAAUCUGGCGGACAAGGAUCUGUCUGGAAUUGAUGAUGAAAGCGUGCACACAAGUCUAAUGCAACAUAGUUCUACUGAAAGUCAGGAAAAGCAUCACCAGAGUCUAGAGAAAGUUCUGCCCUCGAGCAGCACUGGAGGAGGUGGUGGACUGACGCCAGCGGAGUCGGGUGGCGAGGCUAUUGCCAGUUCGGUAGAGUGCGCCCGAAUUUUAAGAGACAUCCGUGAAAAUCAACAAAAGUUGCAACGCCAAUUGCUUGAGCAGCAACGUCAGAGCAUAAGGGCCCUCCACAACAUCAGUCAGGAGCUGGCCCAUAUUUAUAUGGGCGGAAGAAAGAGAUUAAGACGCACCAUUAACGGUUUCAACAAAAAGUGCCAUAGAAUGAGUCCCAGUGUGGCCGGAAUGUCCGGGGUCCGUCCGACUAUAACAGGCAAUCCCCGGAGGCAGCUAAACAAGCAUCACUUUGGUCUUCACGAAGUAGACGAGCAGUUGGAGCAGUGGCUAUCCCAACAGGAUAUAGAUGAGUUUUCAAAGACCCUCAUUCUGAAUGAAGGUUUUACGUUUGAGGAUUUCAUCUAUAACAUGGAAAAGUUGGACCUCAUGAGGCUGGGUUUGCGCGUUGGAAUCGAAGUGCGGUUAUGGAAACUCAUUAUACAGGAACGGGCAUGUACCUCAUCUGAAUGCGUGGAUAGCCCGCCAAGCACUUACCACAAACCCAUUGGAGGCAAUUGCUCUUUGGCCCUGAUUGACAACAAUAAUACACUAGCAUCACCAACUACAACAACUCCCGGAACGCCAGGCAUCAAAACGAAAAUCAAAAAAAGCGAAAGUGAAUACGAUUCGUGCAGCGAGUGACUUUAGUUCAGAAGCUCUUUAAGUUGUGCCUUAACAGAUACUACUGAUUAAUUGUUAAUGUUGUCCAUGUGCUACUAACCGCUGUGAAGCUCAGCUCAGUGAGUUUCCAGCAACCCUGGCUAAGAUUCGAGCAUAUUGACUCGUGUUUUUCGGAGCUUUGAGUUUAAGAAGAUAUGAGUCUAUGUGUCGAAAUUUUACCAAUGCAUGUUAAUUUAUAAAAAAUGGAAUUUAAGUGCCUUUAAUUUAUAUAAAACAAAACUGGAACAGAAAAUAUAUUGUGAAGUGCUUUGCAA